UGGCGUCGUUAACUUAGCUCCGCGGGGGGCUUGGGGGGGUUGCUGUGCGGACAUGGCGGACCUUGACCCCCGCUACCCCUGCUCCUCCAUCGAGGACGACUUCAACUAUGGCAGCUGCGUGGCCUCCGCCAGCGUGCACAUCCGAAUGGCUCCCAUCCAGGAAUUCACCCAGUGUGAUCUCAGUAGAACAAAAGACACACACACCUAUCAAGAAAUUACCAGGAAGGAACCCUGCGUCAUGGUCAUUGGACCUGUGACUAAGCUGACUGCGUCUAUAGUUUAAAAUGGUAUCUGGUCUCAAAAAUUUUUACGAAUUAAAAGCCUUUCUAAGAAAAGUCUACAGCAUCCUUUCUCUGCAAGUUCUCUUAACUACUGUGACAUCGGCGAUUUUUUUAUACUUUGAUUCUAUACGGACAUUUGUGCAUGAAAGUCCUGCCUUAAUUUUGGUGUUGACCCUUGGAUCCUUGGGUUUGAUUUUAGCCUUGACUGUAAACAGACAUAAGCAUCCCCUUAACCUAUACCUGCUUUUUGGAUUUACACUGUUGGAAUCUCUGACUGUGGCCUUCGUUGUUACCUUCUAUGAUGUGUAUGUUGUCCUGCAAGCUUUCAUACUGACUUGUGCAGUAUUUCUUGGUUUGACUGUAUAUACUUUACAGUCUAAGAGAGAUUUCAGCAAAUUUGGAGCAGGACUGUUUGCUGGUUUGUGGAUUUUGUGUUUGUCAGGAAUCUUGAGGUUGUUUUUUUACAGUGAGACAGUGGAGUUGGUCUUGGCUGCUGGGGGAGCCCUUCUUUUCUGCGGAUUCAUCAUCUAUGACACACACUCACUGAUGCACAGGCUGUCACCUGAAGAGUAUGUAUUAGCUGCCAUCAACCUCUACUUGGAUAUCAUCAAUCUCUUCUUGCACCUGUUACGGGUUUUGGAAGCAGUUAAUAAAAAGUGAUUGAAAGCA